AUGGCGGGCCGUGAGCUGCGGGAUGAGGAGAGGGAUGAGGGUGCACGGUUGCGUCGCAAGGAGGAGCUGAAUCGAAAGAUUAAAGAGCAGAAGGUUGUAGUUGAUGAGCUGUCAAAUUUGAAGAAGAAUCGGAAAGUUUAUAAGCAGCAACCCAAUAGCAACAUAUUCUUCCUCGUAGACCGAACAGAAACGCUAUCUCAGUGCAAAAAUACAUUAGAUGAAUUAAAGAAGGCACAUCAGGAGAUGGAAAAUUCAGAAAAGACUAAAAUCAAGAAAUAGUU